AUGGCUCUUUCAACCCUGAUAGCCAAAGUGAAUGUUCAUCAGAAACUUCAAAAAUCCGUCGAAAAUAAAAAUUUGCCUAUGAUUACUUGGUUGGUGGUGGUUUGGAACAAUAUGAUCGCCCAUCUAAUUGCAAAAAGGUUGUGGAUCAGUUCGGAUAUGGAUUUGGUAGAUGAAUUUUUAAAGUAUCGGUCAGAUGUCGUGAAAGAGGCAAAGGAGCUCGAAUUGUUAUCAAUAGUUGAUAGAUUGGCACUUAACUUUAUCUACUACAUUACACCAUCGUCAGCGAUUAGAAAUAAAAUGGAUCCAUUUGUCUGGUCUACUAUGGUCAAAAGUGUCAAAGCUGAGCAUCGUAUAGACGAUAUUAGUAAUAAAUACGUUUUAUGGAUAAUGAAAAUUAGUCAGGCUGCCAGAAGAAAUAUUGAUGAAGCAAAGACAUUGGUCAGAAAAUGGGCAGUAGAAGAUGAUUCAGAAGAAACCACACUGUAUCAGGACAUCUUAUGUGACAUGUUCAAAUCGUAUUCCGAUGUAUAUGAUCCAUCAAAAUUUAAUGAAGACACGUUUGUCAAAGAUACCCUCACACCCAUCCUUAAGAAUUACUUUCUAAAUGACCAAUUGAUAAGUACAGAAGGCACAAAUGGCGAAAUCAUUGGAUCGAAAGAAAGAAAGAAAGUAUUUGGUUCCGAAUCAGAAUGUAAACCUCCACGAGCGGGAAAUAGCGACGAUCUGUUCAAGGCAGCAAACUGUCUAAAAGAUUAUAUAGAAAAGUCUGUUAGAGAUGGUGUUGAUUGCAAUGACUUCGAAUUAUAUGCUAUUGUAUCUGAAGGAUACCGUUGUCGUGUUCUUUGUCUAGAUUUAAAGUAUCAUGGAAUGUACAGAUUGGUAGAUGUGGGCACGUUUUAUAUUCCUACAAGUAUUAACAACAUAGACACUAUGCUCGGUGUAUUUCAAGUAAUGAAUCACGUACGAAUAAUGGUUUUAGAAGCUGCAAGAUUAUGUAAAAAAACCAUCAGAAUUAAAGAAAACAACAGCCAAGACAUGACACUUCCUUCGUUCGAUUCGCUGGUUCGCAUUUCGGAAUAUAAUGUUUUAAAGAUGUUACAAAAUGAUGAAAAAGCUCUUGAUCGUGCUCGUCGCAAAUUGCACUUUAAAGAAGAAUAA